AUGACUUUAUCAUCUCUAUCCUGCUCGGGACUAGCAGUAGCUUAGAAAGCUUUGCUUCACAAUUCACCUAUACAUCCCUUUGAACUUGCUUAUUGGUAUGGCUGGUUGCUAUUCUUAGUAGUUUAUGCAAAUAUGAGAUAUUAAAAGAUUGAUACAUUCAGUAUGAGUAAGGAAGCCAUUCCUACACUGAUUCUAAGAGGAACUAUAGGAGUAUGUGCUAAUAUCUGCUUUAACAUUGCUCUUCAGCUUAUUUCUAUGUCAAAGGCUUCUGUACUAUUUUGGACUAACCCAAUAAUCAUAGCUAUACUAGGAAGAGUGUUUUUGAAAGAGAAAUUGACAUAUUUUGAUUGGAUAGCCUGUUUUCUGGCUUUUAUUGGAGUUCUCCUAAUCUAAAACCCAUUUUAAAGUUAGCCUAAGUCAGAUGAUACCUUUAGAGAUAUGAUGGGAACUUUUUUCGCUCUGCUAGGCUCAGUAUUAGCAGGUAUAGUUGGAUUCAGUGUGAGAAAAUUAGCAGGUCGAGCUCAUUACUUUUUCCCGACUCUGUCAUUUGCAUUUUUUAAUAUACUAAUGACUCCAGUGAUGAUGAUCUUCAAGUUGAUAAUCGUAGAUAAUACCCUUGUAGUUUAUGGGCAAUUUGAAAUCCUUAUGAUUAUACUCAUUUCAGUGCUUUUGUAUCUCGUAUUACUGUUUUAAACUUGGGCUUAUAAGUAUGAAAAAGCUGGAAGACUAGCACCUAUUUUGUAUAUUCAGAUCAUUGUUAAUUGCCUUGCUGAUAUAAUGAUAUUUAGAACUUCUCUUAAAUUGAACUAGCUUUUGGGAGGCUUGCUUAUACUCACCAGUAAUCUUAGCAUUGCUGUACUAAAAUGCUUGAACAUCAUCAAAUGA